CCAUCUCCAUCUCUUUCCUUUGCCGUUUUUUUUUCAGAAAAUGUUCCGGGGACCAUGACGUCUGUCUGUGUCCACCUUUUGGUAGCCAUCAAACGACACCUGCAACAAAGACACUCUUUAUUCAUUGAUGUGAAAUUAUUAAUCUCGUAUUUGAAAUUUAUGGUGUAUGAAUUUCAGGAGGACAUAAACGGCCGUCUGCAGCAGCUGGAGAAAGUCCACAAGGCUAAUGUGCAAGAGAAGGAAGACACAAUAACCAAUCUGAGAAAUGUUAUACUGGAGCACGAGAAACGUGUGCUGGAACUUCAGAGCAGGACGGAUGGUAAUGUUAGGCACCUUCAUGAAUGGGUCUCAUUGAAUCUUGUAGCACUUUUUGUAUCAGUGCAUCGCAAAGAUAUAGAUAAGAAGGUGCUGGAGAAUCAGUUUCGAUAUACACUUUGUGGAGAUAAUGGUGUGUUGGAGUCAUGCACAACAGAUACAGAAAAGGAAUUGGCAAAGAUAAAACGAGUGAAACAUCUACUAAGUGUAGAGAUACAGGUAACAUAUCUCCUUU